GUAUUAAACAUUUUUGAAACUUUAGCAGUCGCUUUAGUUUCCAACGAGUUUCUUUAUCGAUCGCUUGGUCUUGUGCGCGUGUCUUGUAUGUUAAGUACGGAGAGUGUGUUUUUUUCUGUACUCGAGAGUUACUUUUUUUUUGUUGUUCCGGAUUGUUUUACGCGGUGCAGCCUACAGAUUUCUGAAGCUAGUUAUUCGUGUAAAAUUGGUACAGUGUACUGCCUCUGUGGGUUUUCUAUGCGAGCUUUUUCGCAUGGUCUAUUGAAAGUGUGCGUUAGCGGAUUGCUCGGUAAAAGUUUCGCUAAAUUUGCAGUGGUUGCGAAAAUAAAAGUGAAACCCAAACACCUUCAAAGGCCGAGAUGGCGAUUGCGACCUUUCAGUUCGGUUUGCCUUCUGAUUGAUAUAUCGAUUCGUGCUAAUGGUGUGAUACAUCAUAGGUUCCCAUCCCCGAGUUACGUGUGCCUUCGCCGAUCGGAGUGCGGCCGAGCGAUGUGAUUGUCAGAAGAAAGUGAGCCUUUGAAAUUCGCGACGAAAGAGAAAAAUAACCCGCGAUAGCGCUUGUGUGGUAGCAACUGGCGAAUCUUGGCCGCCCGAGCGGGGUGCUGAUGAAACAAGUGAAAUGUGCAAUUGAAACUAGUUUUGCUUCCACCCGGCGAUGCUGUUGUUGAGUGCAGUUUUUUAAAACAACGUACACCUUAUGACGCCAUUGUACCGCUUUUAGAUAAAAUAAAAGCCGUACACGUUUUUAUAUAUUGUGUCAUAGUGAACGAGUGAGCGAUCUGUCAGAAUUAAUAGGAGAAAACACUACGAUUUUAACCUAACGACAACGAAAGGAUUUACCAGCAUCGCCGAGCUGCAUCGGACCCUUCAUCAAUCAAACACAUUACGCCCGGAAUAGUUCAUCGCAAACCAUGACCAGUAUACUCUCGGCCCCGGGCAAAUACCGCUCCCGGAAGGACCUCAGUACCGGUUCGAUCCCCACACUGGUCUCGUUGGAGGAAGAAUCUAGUCUCAGCAACGGAACGCAAUCCGAUUUGCAUCAUCACAUACAUCUAUCCUCCAACGGGUCCAGCACCGGCAGCACGCACAGCCUGGCGGAUCGUCGCAUCGAAUCCAUUACCAACUCGUUGAACAUCAAAAAUGGACUUAACGGCAAAUCACCACGACGAAGUUCGCUAGCGAUCGGUCUUCUUGGAAGUCGUAACAGUAGCAGUGCUGGUAGCGACAAAAGCAAUAAACGCCGCAGUUCGAUCGCAGUGGCAUUUUUGGGAGGUCGACGAGACUCGAAAUCUCACAGCCACCAUUAUCCCAUAGCUACGAUCCCGGAAAAGUACCACAAAAAUACCGAAUCCGACAUCGAGAAUGAUUCACCAAAUCACUACUACACCGUACAUGCCGUGCCAACACUAAUGGUCGAUGCCGACGUUUCCGGAAGUCCGGGAGAGCUUACCGCUAGCAAUGGAAGUCUCAGCUUAUCGGGCUUCGAUAAGAAGCGGCGCCGUUCGUCCUCGUGGCAAACGAAACUGGAGCGGCGACGGCGCAAGGGCAUGUCAUCGGCGCUGGACGGUAGCGAUCCUUCGGGAGCGGCUGGCGUGCUGGAGGGGUUCGGAUCGGCCAACGGGUUGGACGCGUACGGCAGCAAGUAUGGCCGCGAGAAGCGACACUCGUGGUGGAACAUUUUCGUUCCGGAGAAUCUCAAACAGAGGACCCGCAGAGCUAGUCAAGAUGUAAUACUGUCCAAAAGCUCGGACAGUCUCGAUCCGCCCUUCAGAAGGAGCAAAUCACGGAGUGUCGAUCAUGGGCUGGCAGCUCCGUUCGAUUUGGACUCGCUGCGGUCCAAGGUGGAGGGCAGAUUCGAAAGCAUUGAUCGACUAUCAAAAGAUGGCGAGAAGAAACGCUCGAUGCUCACGAUACCGACGCUUUCCUACACGGUCAAGGAUCGAGACACGCUGACUUCGGUGGCAGCUCGCUUCGAUACGACACCGUCGGAGUUAACCCAGCUCAACCGGUUGGCCAGCUCCUUCAUCUAUCCCGGCCAACAGCUGCUGGUGCCGGACAAGACCGCCAAACCGGCUCCGUCGGCGGCAGGAACCGACGGAGACUCCGAUGCCAGUACCGAACGUUCGUCACACAGUCCCACCGAAAGGCGCCGCAAGGGUUCGCAGGAGGAUUUGUCACAGGACGAAAAAGACUUGUUGGAAGGACUACGCCCGGGAUCACCGAAACCUGGGCACAUUGAGCGAGUUGCUUCACCUAAUACUCAAAGCGGCGGUGGAGGUGGCGGAGGCGAUACGGCUACCGGUUACAACGAUGAAGAUCCGGUUACUAUUCAGCGUUUUCUCAAAAUCAACGUACGUCAUAUUACCGAUGGCCAGGGAGUGGUCGGUGGAGUGUUGCUCGUCACUCCGAACGCGGUCAUGUUCGACCCGAACGUGUCCGAUCCUCUAGUCAUCGAGCAUGGCCCGGAAAGCUACGGAGUGAUCGCUCCGAUGGAGUUUAUUGUCAAUGCCGCCAUCUUCAACGAUAUUGCCCAUAUGCGCGUGCAGGGCGCUUCCGGUGGCAACGAAACAGUUGAAAAGGCAGAAAUUUACUAUCCGGUACCGGAGAAGUCUUGCUCUCGCUGCGAUACCCAUUCCCCAGGUAAGGAUUCAUUGUUGGUAAAGGACGAAACAUUCCCGGAGCUUGGUGUCGGUUCUGUAGAAGGUUGUGACGAUCAGGAGAGCAUCUGUUCUAGCAACGAACGCGAGGGCGAUGCCUUCCCGAAAGCUUUCGAGCGGGAUCUAGUCACGCCGAACAAUUUACAACGCUUGCACGGUGACUCGACCGAAAGUGGCGGCAGCUCGGAGAAGCCGCCAUCGGCUGAGCCACCCUUUUUGGGAUACGAUCGUGAUUCCCAAUCGCACACGCCAAACUCACUAGAUAACAGCCACAGCGGCCAGGAGUCAGUAGGCAGCAAAGAACGAGCGACGGCUGCCGAGGAUAAGACUGACAACACGAAGUCCAGUCGCAGUGUGCUGGAGGAUCCCACACUGCAUUCCUUGGAGGAGCGAAGACGUAGUCUACUCGAUCAACACUGGGCCAUUCCCAGUAAGGAUAGAGUGAAAUGUAAUUGCAAUAAAACUUCAUCUCGAAGAUCGCUGGACGAUGAGGAAGCCACAAGCACCGGUAGCGGAACAACGGCAGCUUCCGGUGGAGCCGCUAGUGGUCCGAUUGCUGCUGCCGGCAAUAGAGAAGACGAUGCCGGACAGCUGGUGAAACAAUCCUGUCACGAUUCGGGAAUUGACAUUCGGGAUCCCAAUUCACUGCCAACGGGAGUGGCCGGUGUUGCGGUUCCAGCUGCCGUAGUCGAUGUUCCCAUAGUGGCACCGAUACCGACAAAAAAGGUUUACAGCGACGCCGACAUUGUGCUCAGUGCUGACUGGGUUCCCCCGCUGACCAUUGCUCCAUCACAUUGUUUGGAAAGUUCGCCAAGAAGCUCUUCAGCGUCCUCGCAGCAGAGUUCCCUGUCGACAAUGCAAUCCGAUGGAACCGGACGGAAGAAGACCUCCAGUGUUAGUUUCAGCGUUGAAGAACAUGAUCCCCAGGGCAGCUCCCAGUUGGAUAAGGGCGGAGAAACAAAGAAAAAUAAGAUGCUGAAACGGUUGUCCUACCCGUUGGCCUGGGUGGAAGGAUUGACUGGAGAAGGAGCAGCUCCUAGUCACAAAUCUGACUCAAUUGAAUCUGCUCCCAAUACCGGCGACUCAAAUCAAAGCGUAUUUUCUAAAGUAUUUUCAAGUUCCCCCAUCACAUUGGUCUCGGAGUUGGGUGGCAAUUUGUUCUUGUCAAAGACCCCGUCGGAGGAUUCCGGUGGCUCACCGGUGCCUCCGUUUAUACCGCAUGAUGCUCAUCCGCAUCACGCGCAGCAUCAUCACCAACAUCAGCCACCGCAACUGCAACAACAGCAACAGCACCACCAGCUGAGCGGAACAGGAUUCAACGCGUCACUGGCUGGGCGUUCCUCGAUAGGCACCUUUAUCCGGCCUCAACCGACGGGCGAUGGUAGUACUCCGGUUGCCAAGCAGAAGCAGCCACCUCCAAAAUUGGAUUACCGCUCGAUGGUGUCAAUUGACGAUAUGCCAACUCUAUUUGUCAGCUUCGAUAUGCGAGCGCCACUGUUUCCACAACUCGAAAAACUUGAGCUCAUACCCCGACCGGCCCGCGCCUGUCCUGAUCCACCGAUGUACCUACGGUUGCGCAUGGGCCGCAAGGAGGGCAAAAAUACUCCGCUACCGACCACGGUUAUGUCCUAUGGCAAGAAUAAGCUGCGUCCCGAGUAUUGGUUCAGUAUUCCCAAAAACAAAGUUGAUGAACUGUAUCGAUUCCUGACAGCCUGGGUUCAGCACCUGUACGGUGAACUGGACGAGAAGGCUAUCAAGGAGCGCGGUUAUGAACUGAUCCAAAUGGAUAUCGAGUGGUCUACGAAAGGUGGAAGUCCUACCAAGGAUGGACGUUCCGCUAGUGAAGGAGAGAUUACCGAGUAUACCCGCGAAUCCUGGGAGCUGCUGAAGGCACCGUUUGUCAAAACCUACAAUAUUAUAAAAAGUCAAACCGGCUCCAACGAUUUGGAUGGUUGUGAGGUUCUGUCUAUGAGCACAGAUGACUACCGGAAGGCGACACUGUUUGCGACCAGUUCCUUUGAUCAGGAAUUCCAGAUCCCGGAACUGAUUGGCCAGACGGAAAUUCUCAGUGAAGAGCAUCGAGAAAAACUUUGCGCCCACCUGCCGGCCCGCGCCGAGGGUUACUCGUGGUCGCUAGUGUUCAGCACUUCGCUGCACGGAUUCUCGUUAAAUUCGCUGUACAGGAAGAUGCACAAGCUGGAGAGCCCCAUCCUGAUAGUCAUAGAAGAUACGGAACAUAAUGUAUUUGGAGCCCUCACGUCUUGCUCGCUGCACGUUUCGGACCACUUCUACGGAACGGGCGAGUCGCUGCUGUACAAAUUUAAUCCCCACUUCAAAGUGUUCCACUGGAGCGGGGAGAACCUAUACUUCAUCAAGGGCAACCCGGAGAGUUUGGCGAUCGGUGCCGGAGACGGCAAAUUCGGUCUCUGGCUGGACGGAGACCUGAACCAGGGCCGAUCGCAGUACUGCAGCACCUAUUCGAACGAACCGCUGGCACCGCAGGAGGACUUUGUCAUCAAAACGCUCGAAUGCUGGGCAUUCGUCUAAGUCUUAGUAGGUAAUGAAGUGGAUGCUGCGGACGCGCGGAUCGAGCGUGUUCGAGUCAGUGUGUGCGCGCGCGCGUUGACUCCGUUUCAGUGCUUUACGCCGUGUGCUAGCGUGUGUGUGCGUGCGGGUGGGUGUGGGUGCGAAAUAGUGUUUAUUUUAAAUAGUGCGAUCGAAGGAAACGGAUUGCGCGAGAUAAGAAAGAAAAAAGAGCUGAGAUAGAGUUUAGAGCGUUAGGAUUAUGAAUAAUUAUAUAUAUAUGUAUAUCGGAGUUCAGAGGCAAAAAAUACAACAAAUUUUAGAGAUGAUACUUUUAAAAAAUACUAUGAUAUAGAUGCUAGUGCAGAAUAUUGUGAAAAAAUAAACCAUUUACAAAAGAGAAUUUAUUAGUGCAACAUAACCUUUACAUUGGACAGAGCAGUGGAUUUGUUGACAGAAAGAAGAUUUAUAACGAAUAGGAGGUGUCACCAACUGAAAAGGCACGUUGUUAAGAGCAUAUAUAUUUAUAAACGCAAAGCAAAAAAAAAAGUUGGAAAAAGGGUAGUUGCCCGGUUCGUAGAAUAAAUGCUAUGUUUGUAGUGAAAAUCGAGCUUCUCUCGAAUGAUGAGAAAUGUGUCAGUAAUAUGCUCGAAACAUACUCUCAUAUACAUAAUAUACUGUUUGAGGUCUCUCCCAAGGACCAGAAUAAUCGAGCAGCAAAAGUUAUGACCAGAGAGGCUUCAGGCUGUCCUCAAAAGCAAAAUCCAACUCUUGUACACGCGUAUGCUUAUUAACCUCUCUAUACAUUAGCGCAGAAACUAAACAGAAAGUAAUCAACGGUUAAAUCACUGAAAAUAAACAAUUACACAGCAGCCGUGAGCUGCAGCUACGUAAUCACCCACUAAAAGUAAAUUAUAUAAUAAAAUAUAUUGAACGAAAAAAAAUGUUGCUAACAAAACAAGAUGAAAAAGCAAAUUAAACAAAAUCGUGUUUAGAAGUAUAGUAACGUUCAAAAUUAGAGACUGCUUCCGAUUUGUUUCAGAACUGUUGUGACAAAAUGUAGAAGAUAAACAGAAUCAAAGCAAAACCAAUAAAAAACAAAACAAAAAACAACAACACACCAAUACAUCAGCAAUCGUUUCCCGUGCUGGGUCGCGUUCGGUCCUUUAGCAACAGUUUCAGUGCGUCGAGUGCCACAGUAUCAGCCGUUCUGUUACGCUUCAAUAUCAUUGACAAUAACAGUUCUAAAUCCGAACCGAGAAUAAAUGGGUAACCACACACAAAUAUACAAACACACAUACACAAGCAAAAAAAAAACAAAUAUUGUAAACGAAACUCUCGCCAGUGCAUGUCAAUUUAUGUGUAUAAAUUGGAGUAAAACUCACCCUCUAUAAAACAAACAGCAGCUAGCCUAACGGUUGAACAUUCUCUCGUUACCUUCCGACAAUUCGUAAUCAUUUGAUAUUGUUUCGUUGUUAUGAAAACUGUACCGUUUUCUUAUUAGUGUUUAUGGCGAAUAUCCAACGACGAAUGACAGGGGCCUGAGGUGCGAUACAUCUUGGCUGUCUCGGUCGGCGAGCGUGUUAAGCCGUCUAACAUAUUUCUUUCGAGUUUAUUUUUUUAAACCUAGGUAUUGUUUUAAUUUAUUUUAAUUUCUGUAGAUCCUUAGUUGUAUGUGCUUUCUUAUUUAUGUCGAUGUAUAACCAAGCGAGGGCAACAGAUCAGAAGCUUGAGUGUUGUUUCGUCUCCGACCGGAAGCGUGCUGCGCGUCUUCCGGUUACGGAAGAACACAGACAAACAUACACACACAGAGAGAGAGAUACACACACUUGUGUAGAACGUUAGGAGGUUGUGCAGAAUAUGCCGUUGUAAUUGACACGUUUUACAUGUGAACUGUGUAGUAAUAAACGAUACAAAAACGAUAAUUGCAUCAAAAAUUUUACACUGCUAGUUGUGCCUCAGUUCAGUUUGUUUGCUUGUUUCGCGAAAGAACAGUUCUCCUUUGGUUGAUGUUACACUCUACACUCGACCCUUGAUGGUUUUGUUAUUGUAAGUUUCCGCUCGGUAUCUCAGGGCAUCGAUUGUUAGUUUAAUUAGAGAGUUAGGUAUGAUUGAAUUAUUAUUAAAUUUUGAACCUGGUUCGUUCAGUUUUCGGAGAGCUGAUAGAGUUGUUAUUCCCAUUCCAUUUUUGUUCGUACGACCUAUCCUUUGGAUUGAGGUUGGUUUUAAGUCGAAUUAAAUAAACAAAUAUUUGCUGCAAGCUUCGUAGAUUGACUGCGCAUUUUUGCAUAACGUCGAAGCUCGUUCUCAACUUUGCUUUUGAUCUUAAAUUUAAUUUUUUUUUUAUUAUUACGUGAAAUUCCAGACAACUUCCUUAAAGUCAUCCUUAACACUUUUUGCAAAGUCAACACCUAUAUCUGCUGAAGUGCAGGACUUAGAUAAAGCAGGUCGUUUAAUAGUCGACUCAAUAGAUGGUUAUCUUAAGAAACCUGCGAAAUCUUCACGCCUGCUUGGGUCGAAUGGGCUCUAAGUUCUUUUCAACAUUACAAAUCUCUUAUUCCCUAGUUGACUGAGCUCUUCCGAGCCAAUAUUACUAUGAGCUACUAACUAGUUGUCUUUAUUCCAAUAGUGGGAAAAGCGAUAAAAUGACUCCCAUAGCCUUAGACCUAUGUAUUUCUUUUGUUUUUCUAAAGACAAUGAAAGAAACUUUGGACGACUUUAUCGAGUCAACAAGCUUCCAUUGAGUAAAACCCAAUUUGCUUACCAAUCAGGUAAAUCUACAACAACUGUGCAAUAGUUGCUAGUUGGUGAAAUGGAGAAAUCGCUUCAGCCAAAGCAAUAACUUUGGUUGCUUUUCUUGAUAUUGAAGGAGCAUUCGAUAGCUCAAUGCAUUUCACAAUUGAAGUAAGGGAUCUGGAUAACUGUAUUAGAAAAUGGAAAAAGGUGGUGCUAAAAGAUCGAGAAAUUUCUGCUGUUCUAGAGGGUGUGCAGCUAAAAAUCAGAUGAAUGAAGGGUUGUCCUCAAGGAAGAGUGCUUUCGCCCUUAUGGUGGCCCUCAGUUGUAGAGGAGCUCUUGAAAGGCUAGUAGAACUAGCGUAUUAGGUGAUUGCCUACCCAUGAAACGUAUCCGUAAUAGCAGUACACCAGACGAUAUAUCCAUAAUAGCUGCUUUGAAAACUGAACAUGAGCUCUUACACAUUUAUAUCAUUUCAUUAUUAUUUUAGAUGGUGACCAAACUAAACCCCGAUGACAAUAUAAGAUUUAAUGAGAAAGAAGACAACCUAUGGCAUCCCCUUCCAAGUUGUUAAAUCAGCCCACUAUGAAUAGGAGUUAGUCAGGAGAGCCGAGUCUCCCAAAUCCAGGCUCAUUAUGUUUUGAAGCCAGAGUGUUUGGCACAGGAACGAGAGCUACACCAAUGGGACAAAGUCCAACGGUUUUUUAAGCAGGUCUUAAACAUUUGUUUAACAAGGAAAUUAAAAUUUGAAAAUUCAGUGCUUUUUCGAUUUUAUCACGGUCAAAAAAAAAUUCACCCUGAAUUUGUCGAAACCGUGCAUUAAGCGAAAUGAUGAAAAUUGGAUUUUUUGUGUUGCAUUCAAGAGAAAUUUACAUUAUUUUGAGUAAAAUGGUGCACUUUCAUAGUUCAAUGGAAUAUAAGUUCAAGAUACAAAUGAAUAAACAAAAGAACAGUUAGUCCAGAAUAUUAUUCUCCAUAGCAUUUUUGCGAACUUUCUCACGGGAUUAUGGUGCUUAUUACGGGAGUCACUUCACGGUGAAAUAUAUUUCACUCUCACGCUCACUUCACUUUUUUAGACCUAUUCCCGAUUCCAGCUCAAGUGAGGUGACAAAAAUCACCUCCGUGGAGUGAGAUUGACAGUGAAGUGAAAUUGAGAAUAGGACAAUUGAAAUGAGAUUGUUUCCCAGCUCAAAAAUGUCUAAGUCCCAGAAAGUCGUUUUUUCCCGUUUUUUUAGAUAACACCAGAUCUUGACGUGUUCUGCAUUUCUAAGACAUUCGGCAUAAAAAAAAAAUGUUUUUUUCGGUAUCGAAAAUUUCCUAAACUAGUUUGCAUUUUUUUCAUCGGGCAAAAAAAUGAAAAAUUGACCGCUUUAAGGCACGGAUCAAACUCUGAUUCGCUUCGUUACUGAAGAAUAAAUCCAAUAUUUACCAUUAGAUCACAAAUCAAUCAACUUUAAGACUUAUGGCAGCUUCGUGGAAUCAUUUCACCUUUCAAAAUGGUCGUGGAAUAAUUCCACGCGAAACGUCGCUUUUUCCGUUCUCACUUCACUCAUAAUAACCCAGAUUCCACGGCAGUUGUCACUUCGCGACGUUUUUCUCACUUACGUGAGUUCCGUAAUAGGAUUUUGUUCACUUCACUCUGAUUUCACCGUGAAGUGACUCCCGUAAUUAGCACCAGAUGUCACUUUGCGACGUUUUUCUCACUUACGUGAGUCCCGUAAUAGGAUUUUGUUCUCUUCACCCUGAUUUCACCGUGAAGUGACUCCCGUAAUAAGCACCUAUAAAUGCAAUAUCUAUAUGAUUUGAACUGCUCAUUCUUUAACAUAACUAGGAGAGUCUAACGCUUGUUUAACGUGAAAUUGUUGAACCGCCAGAUUUAUUAAUUUUUAAAUCCACGUUCUAUAAACUUCAAACUGUAGGGCUAUUUGAGCUGUUAACAAAGCUUCUUUUUCAACUGCUCUAAUAAUACGUAAAUUUUGCUUCAAAGUGGAUGAAAUACGUAUUUCACGGUUUAUUUUUCUCACAAUUAUGACACAAAUAAACUGUAACAGAUAUGGCUCUUGGUUGUCCCAGAAAAUGAAUCAAAUAAAUUAUUUUCAUAAAACUAUACACAUGCAAGGACACAAGGCACAAGUAAAAAUGAUGUUUAAAAUACACUUUCUGCAACUUGAAAUACAUUAUACUUGAUUAAAUUUUUUUUUUGGAAAAGCGCUAUAAGAACGAAAAAAAUCGUGAGAAAAUCGAGCGUGAAUUUGGUGAGUAGUGAUAAAAACGACUGUUGAUAAAAUCGAACAAGCACUGUAUCUGCAUAUUUCAUGACUGUGAAGCAGCUUUAAAUACACUUGAAGCUUUUACGUGUAUAUAUUUGAGACAAUUGGCCAUUAUGAAGGAAGUUACUCUGUACUGGGUGCCCGGCAAUUGUGACAUUGAAGAAAAUCACAAAUCAGACAGCUUAGCAAGAGAACGUUCAGUAUCAAAUUUUUUAAUUUUGGCACUGUAAUUCUGGUGAGGUACUGGAUUUCAUAAAACGAGUCGAUCAUAACUGGGAUCGAAUACUAUGUCAAUCAAUGUCUAUAACACCUUGAUUGUGAUAGGAUUUUCGACUAUUACUAAUCAAAUAUGUUUCAUGCAACAGUUGUUCAACAAUAGUGUGGCUCUACAGCAAAAAAAAGCUGUGCCCGCGUAUGGCACGGAGCUUCAGUACGUUGUUUCACUUAGAAGAGCUUUUCCGUAUACUGUUUUUUAACUCUCGGUGCGCUGAAGCCGCCGUUCUCUUUGUAUGAGAUGAGAAAAGUAACAGUGAAUUUUGUAUUUUAGAACAUUUGGAUUUUUUUUUUGAAAAAUAUGUUUGUUACAUUUGAGUAAAUUUAAUUUGAAAACAUGAUAAAAAUUAUGAAAGUUUCAUAAUUAUACCACAGACAAACAUACAUGCCUCGAUGACGGUUUUAAGGAUCAGAAAAAUAACGAUUAUUUCGAAAUUUUCAUUAGUAUGCAAUAAUGCAGCUAGUCUCGCUAUAAGCAAGCGUGCACAUUCGUUAUCAAAGACAAAACCCGCUAGUAAUGCCGCUGGUGUUGAUUUAAGCAAGUGUGCACACCUAUUAGCAAAGACAAAAACCGUUAUACGAAAAUAUGAUAGUAGGCAAUAAGCUGACAUGGUGGCGCAUGAGUGUAGCGUUUUGAAUAAGGACGAAAAAUUUUCAGGAUUUUUCUUCGAAGAGGCACGUCUGUUUGUCUGUGAUUGUACAUUCAUAAAAGCACAUAUUAUUUAUUUAAUAAGCUAUAAUCAAUGAAGCAACCAAUAAAGAAGUGAUCCUCACACUACAAUGUUUUGUAUGAACAAAUAAGAAAACAAAUGAAGAAACAUUUCAUUCCUCGGUUUUGUUUCCUAAAACUUGUUAUAAUUAGAUAUUAGAUUUAAUUUGAUCCAAAAACAUCGCUAGGAAUUUAGGAAAAAGAUAUAUCGACUAGAGUCGCUUUUUUCUGGUCACCCUAUUACGGAACUGGUUACCCUACCCAAGCAGCAAAAUUUGUUUCGAUUAUUAACUCUGUGCAUCGCAGCAACAAAUUUUCAGGCGAAAUUAAGUUGCAGCUACAUUUCAGUUUCUUAUACAAUGGUGCUUAUUACGAAAGUCACUUCACAGUGAAAUUUCACUUUCUCGCUCACUUCACUUUUUCAGCCCUAUUCCCGAUUUCACCUCAAGUGAGGUGACAAAAUUUACCCCCGUGAAGUGAAAUUGAGAAUAGGACAAGUGAAAUGAGAUUGUUUCCCAGCUCAAGAAUUUCUAAAUCCCAGAAAGUCGAAUUUUCCGUUUUUUUAAAAAACACCAGAUCGUUUUAUGAAUUUCUUAGACAUUUGGCAUAAAAAAAAAACUUUUUUUCGGUGUAGAAAAAUUUCAUGAACUAGCGUGCAUUUUAUCAUCGGUAAAAAAUUGAUACUUUAAACACUUUGAGGCAAGGAUCGAAUUUUGAUUCAUUUCGUUACUGAGAAAUAAAUCCAAUAUUUACUAUUAGAUCACAAAUCAAACAAUUUUCCUGACUUAUUCCUUCUUCGUGGAAUCAUUUCACCGUUCAAAAUGGUCGUGAAAAAAAUUCCACGCGGAACGUCACUUAUUCCGUUUUCACUUAUGUGUUAUGACACUCAUAAUAACCCAGAUUUCAAGGCAGAUGUCACUUUGCGACGUUUUUCUCACUUACGUGAGUCUCGUAGUAGAACCUUAUUCACUUUACUUUCAUUUCACCGUGAAGUGACUUCCGUAAUAGGAACCACAGGUAUUAGCAUUUCGUUUGUAUGGGAACUUUUCCUUGUAGGGCAGGGAGGGUGUCAAACUAUCAUAAGAACUUUCCCCAGCCUCAAAAACUCCCACGAACAAAUUUUCACGUCGAUCGGUGCAGUUGUUUCCGAGUCUCAACUAGACAGACGAACAAAACUCCUUUUUUAUAUGUAUAGAUCACAAUCAUAACGCUCUUGGCAAUUAAUUUUCUACACUCAUUCCUUUUUUUUUGAGAUAUUUCAAUAUCAAAUUUGAAAAAUUCAAGUUUAUAUAAAAAUACGCUUCUUUAUUUAUUUGCGAGUUAUUUGCGGUAAACUUUUCUUAACUCUCGAUGCGCUUCAGUUGUGAUCUCUUUCAGCGAGAUGGGUAAAGUAGCGCAUGCUUCCUAGGAAAUUGCAUGCCUUUUGAGAAAUUGUCUGAAAGUUUAUUUUCAAAUAUCAAAUAAAUGAACUGGACAAAAAACAAAAAACAAAAACAAAAUUUUAUUAACAAAAAGUGAUUUUAAAAACAGUCAUUAACAGUCAUCUCAGAUGUUUUUCAAGUUAGGGUUUUCAGAUAGACAAUUGCCUUUCUUCAAGAAAAACCGACCAUCAUUUUCGAUGAAAUCUGAAAUCUAACUUUCUCAUCUAUGUAGAAAAAAAUUAAGAUUGUUCUGCAAUGUUUUAGGUCCGUCAACUCUUAGUCACAUUUUUCGGUAUCCAUUUUUUUUUCUUGCUUUGAAAAAACCGAUUUUUCUAAUGAUUUUUACAUUUUAUGGAGAUUUUGUUGAAUACGUAAUUUUAUAUAUACUCAACCUGAAAACCUGAAAAAAUUAUAGUUUCCCAAUCUUUGCAUUCAAAAAUACACAUAUUUGAUUAUUUUUUUCCCCAAAACUAGAAAUAAAGAUCUUUAGUUUGAUCCAAAAACAUCACAAAUCGAUCUACAAAAGAAUUACAAAAUUAAUUUUUGAAAAUGUUUUUUUUUUUCCUGUUCACCAUAUUUCGGAACUGGUCACUCUAACGACCUUCCAAUAUAAUAUGAGUCUGAUAACAUAGUGCAACAAAAAUUGACUUUUAUUUCUGCCUUGGUUUCAAUAUAUAUUUUUUUUGUGUAUUUUGAUGCAAAACCAAAUUUCCAAACAUAUAUCAACUUAAGGGGCAACAAUGGCGCCAUUUUGAAUUUUUGAGAAAUCGGAAAUUUUCGUUGUUAUUUCGACGCCAUUUUGUUUUAAGACCAAAUAUCAAAAUUUUAAUAGUUUGUCCACAUAUUAGCAUCUUCAAACUUCAUCAAAAAAUCAUACAUAGGAGCCAAGGCAAAAAAAUUGUUGCACUGUGUUAUUUUCGAUGAGAACCAAUUCCUGCAAUUUUAAGCAUGACAAAAAAAAGAGUGACCAAAAAAGGGUGACUAUUAAAACAGUAUUAUUUUAAAAAUUCAUAACUUUUUAACUAGUGGAUCGAUUUUCGACAUUUUUGCUUCAAAUCAAAGAUAAUUAUUUCUAGUUUUAUGAAAAAAAAAACCUAGAAAUAAAGUAUGUGUACUUUUGAAUGUAAAAAUCAAAAAAAAAAAAAUCAUAAUAACAUUUUUCAUAUUUUCAAUUUAAUUCACUUAGGGUAUCGGCUCUAUUAUCGUCAGGUUUCACCAAUUACCGUCCGGGGGGUUAAUAAGGUCAUAGAAAACUAAUAUUUUGCAGAGAGGUACUCUACAUUAUGAAGAACCAUCAUGCAAGAAAUUAACGAUCAUGGAUAUCAUUUACCCCCCUGACGAUAAUAGGUAAAACCUGACGAUAAUAGAUCCGAUACCCUACUUAGACAUAAAAAAUGGCAUAUUUGAAAAAAAUUGUAUGUAGAGUCAAAUAUACGGAGAGCUGCGUAGCCGCAAGGGUACAGAGUUUGCUUUGUCAAGCGGAUGGUCGAGGGCUCGUAUCUUAGUAGAACCAGGCCAUUCAAUGUCAGAAAGGACUUAAGCAUGGGUUUAUUCUCAGGCUCCCAACCAGUUCCCCUUCCUUUACGCUGAAAUCUAUAAUACCUUUGCAUGACUUCCUCUUAACAAAAAUAAAUCCUUAUCAAUAAAACUGGCCAGAAGGACGCACAACGAAACUUCUCCGAUAAUUGGUGAUAUUUGGCAGAAGGAACGAGGUUCGGUAUAGUAGAACAAUAAGUAAGCAUGUAAAAGGUAAAGGGUAACAGCAUAUUACACACAAGCUCGGCUAACAAAUAAUAAUAAGCAUGCCACUUCUCAAUAGCGGUGCUGCUAAUAAUAAAAGUAUAUCUCGCAAUAGAUCAACGAUUCUGGUCGCAGUGAGGAAGUCCAUACAGGAAAAAUAAAAAAAAAAGAGUCAAAUAUGCUAGAGAACGAAUUGAACUAAAGAAUUUUUUACGUUUGACCUAAAAAGAAUAACAAUCAAGUUGAUUAACAUUGAGUUAAUUACGAUCUCGCUUUUGCAAAAUGUUCGUUUUAAAAAACUCUGAAAGUCGUCUGAUACAGUUUUUAAGUGAAAAUAUGAAUAUAAAUUAGAGCAAAAAGGUAUUUUUCAAAAUCCUAAUAGGUUAUUUUCAAAGAAAAAAAUUGAUUGUACAGAGUUAUUUAAAAUUAACGGGGCUACAACAUUGCAGAACAAUCUUUACUUCUAUCUACAAUGACAAAAAAGUUUGAGCUCGAAUUUUGAUGUUCUAAAUUUCCCAACAACCCUAAUUUUCGAUAACAACCCUGAUUUUUGAUAAUACAAGAGAUUUAUUAUGUGUUACAACUUUGUAGAAGAAGCUUUUUAUCUAGAAUAUUACUUUAGAGCACUUGAUCCUCUUUUCCCCUAAAUUCGGUUGCUGGACCUCGUUGAUAAUGGUUUCUUAGAAAUGGAAUAUUUUUGUUAGACAAACUUUUUUUUCCUAAGAGAGGCAAUUUUAACUAAUUCAGAAGAGAUUUAGGCAGUUGGAUUUUCUAUCUAAAAUCUUAUUUGAAGAAAUCCGAUGACGUCGGUUUUAAAUCUCUUGUUAUAUUCUUUGCAAUCAUGCAGUGAAGUGCAAUAACUCUAUUAUUAAAAAAAAGCAAUUCUUUUAAACGAAAAUUCAGGUGAUUUCCAAAAAGCCGGUACUUGACAACUCUUCUCUAUUUUUUGUCAUUAUUUAGAUAGGUAUCCAUUUAUAAAAAGACGGUUUAAAAUCUUUAGCCCUUUUUAAAUAUUACUGUAGAUGUAUUUUUUAAAAUUGAACUUCUAUGCAAAGCUAUUCAGUUUAGUAAGGUUCACAUUUUCAUGAAGUUUCAUUAAAUUUAGAGAGGGUGCUGCCAAUAUUUGGUUGAGUUGGCGCGAAAUGUUUCUCAUUAAUAAAAUGCUUCGAAUAUUUCCUUCAAAUUUUGUGGGAAGUUUCUUAUUAAUAUAUUAUAAAUAAUAAUUCUUUAAAUAUGUGAAAUACGACUGUUUUCUUGACAGUGUAAACAAUAUGGUAGGGAGAGACCCCAUUACCACGGAAGUCUGUUGGGAACUCUUUCCGGGUAUGCGACCUGCCCAGUUUGUGGUUGUAAUCCGCAUAAAUUUUUCUUGCGAUUAAAGUUCCAAGCCCAUAGGUGUCUUGUAUUACUUGAAGGAACGUUUAUCUUCUUGGUUCAAACUCUAAAUCGAUUGUUACGUGAAGUUCAUAGGCAAAUACGACUUUUUCAGUCUUGACGGUGGAUCAAAAUGCUGCUAAAACGGUGCAACUUUCUAUCCCCUGAAGAAGGUCAAGUCCAAAGGCCGAAACGUCGGGCACACAGUAGCAUUUUGAUCUACCGCUAAGACUGAAAAAAAGUCGUAUUAGCCUAUAAAUUUCACGUUACAGUUGUUUUUGAAUCAGAAUUUGUGCACUACCUGAACCAAGAAAAAUGGCGGUUUUUUAAAUAAGUUUGAAAUCUUAUUUAAUCAAUAUUAUCAAUUUGCACUCGUUAUCCAUGUUGCUACUGAAACUGAAUUAAAUAGGGGUCAAAUAUGUUGACUAUAUGCCUAUUUGCGCUCGUUCGAAUUAGCAUUUAGGUACUUACUCUCUACAAAAAAUUGUUUGCACUUGGAGACGAACCCUUGAGUGGUACUUAACCAAAAAUAGUCAGUUUUGAGCAGGAUAGUAACAAAGUUUAGGCAAAGCUAUUUCACGGAACCAAUCUAAUCAUUUUUAAAACUAUUUUUAUAUUCGGUAUUAACAGUUUUAAUACACUUUCUUGGUCGUCAUGGCUUUCGAGUAGACACAAUUUAUGGGCUUACAAUUUUUAUUUUAAUAGUAACUUUACAAUUUUAAAACGAAUGCAUUUACUAAUGAUAGGAAUGGUGGUUUCUCCUAAUUUUUAACGCUGGAGUUUUGACUAUUUGACUUUAUCUUUGAUGUUUAUUAUGAUAACUCCCUCUGGUAGCAGUUAGUAAGAGUUAAUUAUAUAAAAAAAUAGAUAAGACAUUGAGGUUGAGUACCGAGCGGAAAUACAUUACAAUUUAAAUUCGUCACUUGUGUAAUUUGAGUUAUUUGCUUUGUUUAUUAAUCAAUCUAAAUACAACGAAUUCCUGUGGCAUGCAUUAUGAACUUCAGUUCCAAAAACCAAAUGCAUUAUACAAAAGAAAAAACAAUGGCUGUUAAAUCGAAUUAUUACUGAGCUGCUGAGAACAAGUCACACUCACAGACAUUGAACACAAAAAACUCAGAACGAUGUAGUGUCUGCAAGUGAAGCAAACUGUAUAAAUUUUAGAAACGUUUAUAAACUAAAUAUACACAGAUUUCUGCUCGCAUUAAAACCUAACAAUAUCGAAAUAUCCUGCUAGUUUAAUUGGAAUAAAACGGAAACCCGUUGGUGGUUAUCGGACAAACAUACCCAUACUUAAGCACUAGAUUUCAUACCUUGAGAGGGAGAGAGUAUGCUAAUGCUUUCCCUUUAAAUCGAAUAAAGUAUAUUCUAACCGACCAGCAGAGUGCUAAAAAUACUACUAACCAAACUAUCGUAGAAUUUAGUGGAACUUUCAGAAACUCUUAUACUUACCCCGCAUCCCAAUUCAAUGCGAAGAAUCGAACCGUUGAGAGAAGAAAAAAAAACCUACAAAAGGAAAAUCCGACCAAUAUUGUAAUCAUCAAUUUUCUAGACUACAACUACAACAACCACUAUUCCGAUCAGUUUACCACUUUUUGCUACCGAACAAAGGCAUUUUCUCCCGCCGUUGAUGAAUUUUCCCGAGGGAGAAGAAACUUUUGGAGGAGACAGGAAAAAAGGGUGAAGUGUCAGGCUGGUCAAGUGCGGAGAGGUGCGAGGUGAAAACUCUUGUCAAUUAUACAUAUAUUCGUAGAGACUGGUAAAAAGCGUUAGUAAAGAGCACCAUCACACCAUACAAUAAGAGAAUCACUAAUCGAUCAGCCAAGAGGAGCAGCAGGAGAAGCAGGAGAAUGCAUAAAAGCCAAAGGCUUUGGCUCUUGUGUUUUUUUACGAUACCCAUAGUUUAAUGUUUGCAAGAUCGGAAGCUGAGAAGAACCACUUCUUACUAGCUAGGCUAAGUCCUACCAUACUUUAGCCCCCCUUGGGGCAGUGUAACAUCGGUGUAAGCGUUAGGUGUGCUCUAGAAGUUUCGUUCGGUUCAAUUCGAUGGCAGCAUUCCAAGUUUAUGUCACUGACGUCGGUGUGUAGCCUUCUCGAGGUCGGUUAAAUCGUUGUCCGGAUUACGAGUCAGGAGGUUGGGGGUCGUUCCUAAACCAUAUGGUCACUAAAUUGAGGGGAUAGUCGAAUAAAAACAAACCACACGAUCUUAAUGGGAGACUGGCUUUUAUAACUCACUUUGGGGAAAAAGGUAUGAGUGUAUUAGUCUAAAUUAAAAAACUCAUGAAAGUUUUUUGCGACUUGUUUUCGAUUUGCUAAUGUUAGUAAAUCUAUGAAGCGGUGCAUCGAAAUUUGUGAUGUUCAUCUAGGCGAUAUGCUUUAAUAAUUGGUAACUAAAUUUGGAAGAAAAAAAAAAUUUAUCUUGCUAAUAAAUUGAACUAUAAAACUGCAAAAUGAGAAUUCGGCUAGUUGGUAGGCUAAAAAACUAAACAAAAUAUGACCGCGUGGUUUCGGAACGAAACCUCACACUGGAAAAUACAUCGUAAAUUACGGUGUUUUCGCGUUUAGAAGACUACCUUACAAAGGAUCGCACUUGAAGACGCUAAAAAACUAAAUACGUUACUGUUCAGUACUUGACGUUUUCCUCACCCUAGUUGCGCCCACGAUGUUUACACUUUAGAAAACAAAAAAAAAACAAAAUACGCAUGUUUACUGUUAAUUGUUGAUUAAUAAGUAAUGAUUAGCUCAAAGGAUGCCAGUUCUCGGAGCGAGCUCGAAGUUCAAGCCUAAUUGUAGCAUAUCGGUGUUAGUAGGUAUUAUCAUACCCGCCGGCAGCAGCAAAAAAAAUAUAUGUGUUGCUAUAAUUUUUCACAUUAGUUUUGAUGAAUCAAAAAGCGAACUACUCCAGACUAGUUGUCAUCGAGAGCUAUUGCAUAUUUGGUUCUUUUGCACUGAUCGACGAAAAGAGAACAUUUGUUAGUUCUACAGUUGUUCAGAUUAGAACAAAAAAAAAAACUGUUUCCUUUUUGCUGGAAAAAAAUGGAGCAACUCUAAAACACUCACGUACUUAUGAUGAACAAAAUGUUAGAAAUGUGUAAGCCUAUUGUAAUCGCAAGGAUAAAAGUAUUAAAAACAAAGCCGCAAUGAAUAAUCGCAAAACCGCGUUUGCAGUAAAAAAAAUCUCGAUUUCAUAUCAACCAUUACACCUGAUCAGUAAUUGACAUCGUAUUGCAGCAAGCAAGCGUACAAUUUAGGAUUGAAAAUAGUUCCAUUAUCGUAGGUGAAACAGAUGCAGGUUCAGGUUAUCAGCAGUAACCGAACAAUUACCGACAGAAAGUGUACAUGAAGCAGUUAGUAGCAACAUUCCCUUCUAAAUCGUUUAUUUAAAAAUGAGCCAUUAUAUAUAACCCCUAUGUACAAGUCGUGUUUAGUAGCGAUAGAACAGAUAUAUGAUAAAAUAAAGAAAUGUAUGAUGAA